AUGACGAAGAAAGACAAGACGUGGGAUGGAUCAAUGAUGCCUUCGCAAAAAGGCAAGCUUGCUGUUGUGACGGGUGCUAACUCGGGUAUUGGUUUUGAAGUGGCUAAAGAGCUGGCAGCGCACGGUGCGCAUGUGAUUCUGGCGUGUCGCAACGAAGAGCGAGGACAACAGGCAGAGGAACGGAUCCGUAGUGAACUGGCCUUGAUGCCAAAUGAAGUUGUUGGCUCGGUUGAGGUUAUGCAAGUGGACAUUGGAGACUUUGACAGUGUGCGUGAAUUUGCUCGUGCAUUCCACGACAAACUUGACCACCUCGAUCUGCUCAUUAAUAACGCUGGCGUGUACGGACCGACUCAACGCCACACACCGAAUGGGUUAGAGAUCCAUUUUGCCACCAAUCACUUGGGUCACUUUUACCUAACAAGCUUGCUAUUGGACUUACUGCGCAAGUCAAAGCACCAAGCCCGUGUAGUUAGCGUAAGCAGUGUCACCCAUUACUUUGCCUGGAUGUUUCUCAACUUUUCGAAACUGGGACACACAAAAGGUAGCAGUGCCGACUAUACGACGUCUAAAUUGGCCAAUUUGCUUUUUUCUUUCGAACUACAGCGUCGAUUGGAGUCUGCUGAGGUAGGAAAUGUAGUGGCUGUCGCAGCGCAUCCAGGUGUCACGCAUAGUGACAUUUGGAACCGUUUCUACACUGCCAAAUUUCCAAAAUGGCUGGCUAAAAUUGCUAUACGGGUGGGGUCGUGGCUGCCAUUUAUGACGCCACCAAUGGGUGCGCUCUCAAUUUUGUAUGCUGCGACGAUGGAGAGUGUAAAAGGAGGGGAAUACUAUGGCCCUAAUGGAUUCUUGCAUUUCCGAGGCUAUCCCGCUCUCGAGGCUGGCUCCAAGUCGAGCCAUUCAUUAGAAAAUGCAAAUAAGUUGUGGAAGCUCAGUGAAGACAUGAUUAACGAGGAAUUCAAACUCUAG